AAGGCCUGAUGCCUCUGGAGCGUUUUCCCUUUAUAGCACCAUUGAAUCCGAGUCCUAACAGAAGUACUGUGAAUCUUGUGGCCUCAUUCUGAACAAAAGGGAUUAGAGAAGAAAAAUCUCUUGAUAUAAGGCUUAUAAGCGAGGGCAGGCAAUCUUGGUUGUGAAUAUUUUCUGAUUUUUCCAGAAAUCAAGCAGAAGAUUGAGCUGCUGAUGUCAGUUAACUCUGAGAAGUCGUCCUCUUCAGAAAGGCCGGAGCCUCAACAGAAAGCUCCUUUAGUUCCUCCUCCACCACCACCGCCGCCACCACCACCACCACUGCCAGACCCCAUUCUCCCAGAGCCAGAGGAGGAGAUUCUGGGAUCAGAUGACGAGGAGCAGGAGGACCCCGCAGACUACUGCAAAGGUGGCUAUCAUCCAGUGAAAAUUGGAGACCUCUUCAAUGGUCGGUACCAUGUCAUUAGGAAGCUAGGAUGGGGGCACUUUUCCACCGUCUGGCUGUGCUGGGACAUGCAAGGGAAAAGAUUUGUUGCAAUGAAAGUUGUAAAAAGUGCCCAGCAUUAUACAGAGACAGCCUUGGAUGAAAUUAAAUUGCUCAAAUGUGUUCGAGAAAGUGACCCCAGUGACCCCAACAAAGACAUGGUGGUUCAGCUCAUUGAUGACUUCAAGAUCUCAGGCAUGAAUGGGAUACAUGUCUGCAUGGUUUUUGAAGUACUUGGCCACCAUCUCCUCAAAUGGAUCAUCAAAUCCAACUAUCAAGGCCUCCCAGUUCGUUGUGUGAAGAGUAUCAUUCGACAGGUUCUUCAAGGGUUAGAUUAUCUACACAGUAAAUGCAAGAUAAUCCACACUGACAUAAAGCCGGAGAACAUCUUGAUGUGUGUAGAUGAUGCGUACGUGCGAAGAAUGGCGGCCGAGGCUACUGAGUGGCAGAAAGCAGGUGCUCCUCCUCCUUCUGGGUCUGCAGUGAGUACGGCUCCACAGCAAAAGCCUAUAGGAAAAAUAUCAAAAAAUAAAAAGAAAAAGCUGAAAAAGAAACAGAAGAGGCAGGCUGAGCUGCUGGAGAAACGCUUGCAGGAGAUUGAGGAAUUGGAACGAGAAGCUGAGAGGAAAAUCAUAGAGGAAAGCAUCACCUCCAACGAACACGACGAUGGGUAUCACCCCGAGGAGAAACUGAAGGAAGCAGUGCUGGAGGAGGUGACAGAAGAUGAGGCAGCAAAGGAUAACGGUGAAGCUGAAGACCAGGAAGAAAAAGAAGAUGCGGAGAAGGAAAAUGCUGAGAAGGAUGAAGAUGAUGUUGAACAGGAACUUGAAAACAUAGACCCUACAUGGAUGGAGUCCCCUAAAGCCAACGGCCAUAUUGAAAAUGGUCCCUUUUUAUUGGAACAGCAGCUGGAGGAUGAAGAGGAUGAUGAAGAUGACUGUGCAAAUCUUGAGGAAUAUAACCUAGAUGAGCCAAAUGCAGAGAGUGAUUAUACGUAUGGCAGUUCCUAUGAACAGUUCAAUGGUGAAUUGCCAAAUGGACAACAUAAAAGUCCAGACUUUUCCACAUCAUUAUUUUCUGGGCCCUUAGAACCUGUGGCCUGUGGCUCUGUGCUUUCAGAGGGAUCACCUCUCACUGAGCAAGAGGAGAGCAGCCCAUCCCAUGACAGAAGCAGAACAGUUUCAGCCUCUAGUACUGGAGAUUUGCCAAAAACAAAAACCCGGGCAGCUGACCUGUUGGUGAACCCUCUGGAUCCUCGGAACGCAGAUAAAAUUAGAGUAAAAAUUGCUGACCUGGGAAAUGCCUGUUGGGUGCACAAACAUUUCACAGAGGAUAUCCAAACACGUCAGUAUAGGUCCAUAGAAGUCCUGAUAGGAGCCGGCUACAGCACUCCGGCAGACAUUUGGAGUACAGCAUGCAUGGCAUUUGAGCUGGCAACAGGAGACUAUUUGUUCGAACCGCAUUCUGGGGAAGACUAUUCCAGAGAUGAAGACCACAUAGCCCACAUCAUAGAGCUGCUAGGCAGUAUCCCAAGGCACUUUGCUCUGUCUGGAAAAUAUUCUCGGGAAUUCUUCAACCGCAGAGAUCACAUAGCAUUGAUCAUUGAACUGCUGGGGAAAGUCCCUCGAAAAUACGCUAUGUUGGGGAAAUAUUCCAAGGAGUUUUUCACCAGAAAAGUGUUUUUUUCUGUCUACAUGUACGUGUGUGUACACUACACAUGUGCCUGAUGUACAGGAAAGUAAGCAAAGGGCAUCAGAUCGCUGGGACUGGACUUAUGGAUGGUUGUGAGCUGCCACGUGAGUACUAGAAGUUGAACCUGGGUCCUCUGCAAGAGCAAUAAGUACUCAUAACCACUGAUACAUAUCUGUAGUUCCUGUCUUUUAACUCUUGAUCCUCUGGCCUCAGUACCACCAUGCUGUGUACUUAAUACUCUUUUUAAUUUGGCGUUACUGUGGUAAAUAGAAUGAUUUUUUUCCCAUUUGGAUAUAAGAGAGACUCUGCGAUAAGGCCAUAAAUCCCUUAUGACCAGGAGUUUGGGUUUACAGAGUUGGUUGGUUGGUUAUCACCAUGGCAAUCAGAAGAGGGUUGGACUUUGACAGAUGUACAGUAUUAGUAGGAGGAGUGAAGACAUGUUAUGAAAGUAUUUCUAUGAGAAUGAGAAAAUGAGUUUUGUUUUGUUUUUAAAUAAUAGGCUUUGUAGACCAGGCUAGCUUCAAACUCACAAAGUUCCAUCUCCCUCUGUCUCCCGAAGGUUAGGAUUAAAGGCAUAUACCACCAUUCCCAGUGUAACUUGCCACAGUUGAUAGACAAAAGCAGAAUGUAAAGUUGUCAUUUUGUGUUGAGCCAUAUCUGCAGCACAACACUCAUGAAUUGUUUACUAGGAAUCCUUUUCUCUCUUUGUUCUAAGGUUUCCACCCCUACCACUGGUCUGAGGAGGCUGUGAGUUUCAUGUGUUCAAAUCAAGCAUCAGGUGCAGCUUCUUACGAAUUCCAGAAGUCACAACCAGUACCAGUUCUGGCCAUUCCUUGACCAGACGUUAAAAACUGAACUGAAUUUUGAGACAAGCAGCGUGGUUACUGCUGUUACCCAAUUAAGGUUAAUUGGCUGCAUCUGUUCUUGGGUGUGGCCAUUACCCACCUGAGACCAUAAAGAAACCAGAAUGUCCUGGGUGUGGCAUAUAGGAGUGAGGUUGGAGACUCACUUUGAAUUGAAGGCCAAUCUGGGCUACAUAGUGAGAUCCCAUCUCAAAAUAAGUAAAGGAGAGACCAGUUAGGAUGUGUCCCAGUAGAAAUCAGCACCACUGUGGAUUUUGUUCUUUCUCUGUUCCCCAACAGGUGAGUGGCAACCCCCAGGGGGUUGGUGAGUAAAUCAGUGAUCCUCACUAGGCUGUUUUCUUUGACCAUCUGUAGCCAUUGUUUUAAUGAAUUUAUUGUGUUAAAAAUGAAUUCAUCAGCUGGGCAGUGAUGGCGCACAUCUUUAAUCCCAGCACUUGGGAGGCAGAGACAGGUGGGCUCCAUGAGUUCGAGGCCAGCCUGGUCUACAAAAGCUAGUUCCAGGACAGUCUCCAAAACUACAGAGAGGCCAGGCAGUGUUGGCGCACGCCUUUAAUCCCAGCACUCGGGAGGCAGAGGCAGGCGGAUCUCUGUGAGUUCGAGACCAGCCUGGUCUACAGAGCUAGUUCCAGGACAGGCUUCAAAACCACAGAGAAACCCUGUCUCGAAAAACCAAGAGAAAACAAAACAAAAAAAAUGGAUUCAUCGAAGAGGAUAGGUUACCUAAACUUGUUCCCACAUGGAGCAUCAACUACAGUGGGAACAUGACUGUGCACAUCUGACUUAGCUCUUACGAUGUUAUUAAAUUCAGGGCUCCUAUUAAAUUGCUCACCAGGUAAAAUUUGCCCCCAAGUCAGAUAGCCUGACUUUGACACCAGAGCUCAGGGGAAGGAGAAUGCCUACUGCUUGCUCUAUGUACUCCUGCAUGGCACAUGUGUUCCCACACACAAAACAGAUGCUUCCAGAUGCUGCAGAUGUAAUAAAGGGACUAGAAGGAUGACUCGGCAGUUAAGAGCACUGGAUGCUCUUGCAGAGGACUUGGGUUUAAUUCUCUGCACCCACAUGGUGGCUCACGAUUAUCUGUAAUUAAAGUUCAAGAGGAUCCAACAACUUCUUUCAGCUUCCAUGGGCUCUAGGCAUACACAUGGUGCAUAGAUAUAUAUACAAGCAAAAUGUUCAUGCACAGAAGAAAAAAAUGUUAAUAAAAAAGUAAAGAUUUAAUUAAAUUGAAUUGAAUAUGUCAGAAGUGCACUGACGUUUACAUGCGACAGCUCUGAGUUCUAAGGUGGGAUAGUGAGGGAGGUGAGUUUCACAGAAACACACCACCACGAGGUUCCCGGUGCACAUCUCAGGCUGGCCUCACACUCUUUGUAGUCCAUAUCUUUAAUUUACAUAAGUUGAAACUCAAGAAUGUUUUAAACUUAACCUCCAAGGCUACCUGAAAAGUAGCUGACCUGUGAGAACUGUGAGGAGCAGAGCCUGUGGGCACAGGCUCCUCGUUGCUAGUGCUGACAGGCUUCAUGUUGGCAAUGUUCUGCUCUGUUUUCUUGGUUUCAAGUUUUAAAAGAAUCAAAGAUUCUCAUAUCAUUCCAGCUUUACAUCUGCACGGAGUGUGUGACUAUCACAAGGCUUUAGGAACAUGAGGAAUACCUCUGGGAAGGAGGACAUGGUCGGUGUGAGGCUAACUCAGAAACAACUGGGAACAGAAAACAGGCACAAACCAGAACAGUGUGACUACUCUAGCACGUCCUCUUGCUCACACGGUUUUGCCUGGCAAAUGCAGGACAAAGGCCACCGAGGCAGUGGGCGAUGGGAGUGCACGUGGAUGCCGGCACAGGCUGCACAGAUGAGUGCGGGU